AUGUGUCUGAACUUCAGAGAAGAAAGUCACUUAGAAGCAAUAAAGAAACUGGGCAUAGUACAGUCGCAGGGAACAACAGGUAAGCGAGAUGGAGAGAGGAUGGACCUGGGGGGCGUCGAUAUGCUGGACGAUGGGUUGGAUUGGAAUCCAGGCGACAUGGUGGACCGCGUUGGCUGGCGACAAUUUGCAGGUACACAAUCCGCUUUCCACAAAAGCAACUUUUGUUUAACGAAAAGAGAGACAAAUCAAAGCAACUUCUUUAUGGUCUGCUCUCACCUAUUGUGCUUAACGAUGAUGAUGGUAUCUGCAUUUUUCUUCUGGCUUCAGGCGCACGUAUGCAAGACCGGCUCACUAUGCGCGACAUUCCUCGUGAAUAUAGACAAUCAGUCUGACAAGACUGUCACCUUCAACGGCAAGGUGUAUAAACUCCCUGCAUGGUCCGUCAGCAUCCUUCCUGACUGCAAGAAUGUGGUACUGAACACUGCCCAGGUAUGUGCAUUGUCUUGCUCAAGACAAAGAAGCCGUGUUUCUGGAACCAAUCUUGACCUUGGAUCUGAUUUUGGUCAAGAUAAUGGAUGGAGGAACUUGUCCGUGUUGGACGGCGGGUUGGAUUGGAAUCCAGGCGACGUGGUGGACCGCGUUGGCCGACGAAGUUGA